UAUCUCUCCGUGGCCCUCCUCUUCUCGGUGCCUGCCUGGUUGCUACAGCAGUAUAUUCGAGCACAGGACUCUCUAGGCAACGACAUACAUCAUCACGACUCGCUUCCAAUUGUUUUUUUUGUCGGGCUGCGUAAACUGUGCCAACUUGACUGUGCGUCGACAGGAACCGCCCGGCGCGUCGACUGGCCAACAGGCAGAAACGUCCGCUCCUCCUUUUCAGUGGCAGCUGAGGGUCUUUUCUCUCUCUCUCCUCUAGGCGAGCUAGCUAGCGUUAGCCAGGCGGCAGGGGGCAGCUGUGUUAAAAAAAAAAGGAAAAAAAAGGGGGAUCCUCAAAAUGUCGGGUUACCAAGGAAAGAAGAACAUCCCAAGAAUCACCAGUGACCGUCUCCUUAUCAAAGGAGCAAAGAUUGUGAACGAUGAUCAGUCCUUCCAGGCUGAUAUCUACAUGGAAGAUGGAGUCAUCAAGCAAAUUGGAGACAACCUCAUUGUUCCCGGAGGAGUUAAGAUCAUAGAGGCUCAUGGGAGAAUGGUGAUGCCUGGGGGUAUUGACGUGCACACGCGAUUCCAGAUGCCUGACCGAGGCAUGGUGGCGGCAGAUGACUUCUACCAGGGCACCCGGGCGGCCCUGGCUGGUGGAACCACCAUGAUCCUUGACCAUGUGGUUCCGGAGCCUGGCGUCAGCUUGGUUGCCGCUUUCAAGCAGUGGAGGGAGUGGGCCGACAGCAAGUCCUGCUGUGACUAUUCUCUGCAUGUGGACAUCACCGACUGGAACAAAGGCACUCAGGAAGACAUGGAGACCUUAGUGAAGGAUCACGGUGUCAACUCUUUCCUGGUCUAUUUGGCUUAUAAGGAUGUUUUCCAACUUUCUGACUCUCAGAUCUACGAGGUGUUUAGCGUCAUCAGAGAUCUCGGAGCCAUUGCUCAGGUGCAUGCUGAAAAUGGAGACAUCAUUGCCGAGGAGCAGAGACGUAUUUUGGAGUUGGGUAUCACUGGCCCUGAAGGUCAUGUACUUAGCCGCCCAGAGGAGGUGGAGGCUGAGGCAGUCAAUCGAUCUGUCACCAUAGCCAAUCAGACCAACUGCCCCCUCUACAUCACCAAGGUGAUGAGCAAGAGCUCUGCUGAUGUCAUUGCUCUCGCCAGGAAAAGGGGUGCUGUGGUUUAUGGAGAGCCAAUAUCUGCCAGUUUGGGCACAGACGGCACCCAUUACUGGAGCAAGAACUGGGCCAAGGCCGCAACCUAUGUCACUUCUCCACCGCUCAGCCCUGAUCCCACCACCCCAGACUACCUCAACUCCCUGUUGUCAUGUGGGGACUUGCAGGUGACUGGCAGUGCUCACUGCACUUUCCAGACCUCUCAGCGUGCAAUAGGAAAAGAUGACUUCACCCUAAUGCCAGAGGGCACCAACGGCACUGAGGAAAGGAUGUCCCUAAUCUGGGACAAAUGUGUGGUGACUGGCAAGAUGGAUGAGAACCAGUUUGUGGCAGUGACCAGCACGAACGCAGCCAAGAUCUUCAACCUGUACCCCCGCAAGGGGCGCAUCGCUGUGGGGUCUGACGCUGACCUUGUGCUAUGGGACCCAGAUAUCACCAAAAUCAUCUCAGCUAAGAGCCACAACUUGGCUGUGGAUUAUAACAUCUUUGAGGGCACAGAAGUUCGUGGAGGUCCAUCGGUGGUGAUCAGCCAGGGCAAGAUUGUGUUAGAGGAGGGCAGCCUGCACACCACCGAGGGCUGCGGGCGCUACGUCAGCCGCAAACCCUUCCCUGACCAAGUGUACAAGAGGAUAAAGGCUCGCAGCAGGCUCACAGAGUUGCGAGGUGUCCCCAGGGGCCAGUACGAUGGGCCGGUAUGUGAAGUGACCGCAACUCCCAAGGUGAUGUCCACAGUCUCCUCGGUGAAGACAUCCCCUGCCAAGCUGCAGCAGCAGCAACAGCAGGUUACUCACCAGCCUGUGCGCAACCUCCACCAGUCUGGCUUCAGCCUUUCUGGUGCCCAAGUUGAUGACAAUAUUCCUCGUCGCAAUACCCAGCGCAUCGUUGCUCCUCCUGGUGGAAAAGCCAAUAUCACCAGCCUCGGCUAAUCUCCUCUCACAACUGAGUCGUGGUGCAGGAGUCCACUCUGGUCACCUCUGACUCCACCUGCACUCCACCCAGAAGUACUCCAUCCAUUCUUAUUCACACACUACCACUAUGUCACCUCACGCAAAAAAAAAGAAAGAAAGCACUAUUCCAUUUUCUUUAAAUUUUUCCUGCCAUAUUCCACUCUCUGUCUUCAAAGAAGGAUCACGUGAAUUGAUGCAGCUUCUUUAAGCCCAGGUUGAUUACUGAUGAAAGUUUGUUUACAAUUGUUUACAUUUUUGUAUAUUUUUCGUUGUACAUGUUUGAGCUGUUCAGUUGCCCCCUAUUGGCUCAGAAAGGUGACAAAAAUCUUGGCCUGAGAAACGGUCGGUUUCAUGGGCGGGCAUUUUAUAUUUAGCAGUUGUUUUACGAUUUUUCCUCUUGCGCUGUUCAUUUGCCCGAUAUUAUUAAGAAUGUGCUGGUGGUCGUGCUACACCCGGCCUGUAGUCAAAAGCAAACUCUGCACUGUCGACGUCAUAACACUGCUACACUGUAACUUUGCUGUUUGACAACAGAAAUGUGACAUUGUUAAUACAAACACCUCAAAAUACUGAUCAUGAAAGAUUAGACCGUAGAACCUCUUUUACUUCUAUCUGAUGCUUGCAGUACGAACUGAACAAUUCACUUUGGUCUUCCUUUUGUGUUACAGUUGCACUUUGUUCAUUUUUUGUUUAAAUUGAUGUCUUGUGUUUUUAUGAAUUAUUAGAAAGCGCUGACUGCACUGAAAGGAAAAGAAAGGGUAUUUUAGAGUGAAACCACACAUUAAUUUUCCGCCUGAAUAUGGGGGGGCGGGGAGAAAUGGCUGAAGCAUAACAUUUUAUCUGAGAAACAUAAACCUUUUAUCCCCUCAUUUCAUCUCAUCAAUUAGCUUUUUUUCCUCACGUUCUUGAAAUGGUUGUCAUGGCAAGCUUCCCAUAUUGAGAUCAGUGUGUUUUGUCGAGAACGCAGACAGGCGCAACGAAGAAGCUACACGGGAGGUUUGUCGACGACCUCUCUACACCUGGUGCUAUUAGACCAAUGCUGUAUAUGUGAGGAUGAUGUCAACAUGCACACAACAGUCAUGUAAGCUCUGUAACAACGGCAGCCAGACUAGAGCUGCCAAUUACCCACUUUUGACGGAAUUGGUUUUGCACCUGUUACAAUCCAAAUGGUAAACCUGUUUGUGAGCUUUUUUUUCUUUCUUUUCUCCGUAUUGGAUCUGUCUGUAUGUUUUCGGGUACUUGUUAAUAUGAACUACUUGCUUGCCUCCUCUGUAAGAUAUUGAUCGCACGCUGUAUCUAUGAAGGCUCUUUGAAAAAGCGGAACCAAGAUCUUUGAGACCUGAUGAAAAAUGCUUCAGUAUGUGUAUGAAAUCCCUCACAGUGCGGCGAUGAUGAUGAUGAUGUGUCCCUCUGUUCCCGGUGUUAGUGUUGUGAAUGAAUUGCCAGAUAGCCAGUUGUUCUUCCCUUAACCGUCCCCCUGCCCAACAUUGUUGACACCACACUCACUCGAGGGGUUGUAGUGUAUUCACCGAGCCACCCCGGCCGCACUGUAGAACACUGGGUUAUUUCCCCUCCGUUGCUGUCAAGUGUAGGUUUUGUAUGCCAAGCUUUUUGAUGUGAAGUGAUUUACAUGCAGGGACGUUUCUUGGUAAUGGUUAUUGAGUUGUGAUGUUCAGCACUGUCGUUGCCCCCUCUCCCAGCAAGUGUGUUACUCUCUCGGUGAUGUAUGUUUUGUAGGAUAUCAGGGUUUUGGGGGGAAAUCAUUGGUCCUGUCAGCAUUUGACCCUUUAUGUGUUGACUUCAGUGGAUUACAAUAAAAAAAAAAAGAAGUAACUUA